CGGAGCGGCCGCGGGUCCUGUGGUGGAAGUGCCGUCCUCAACCCGAGGGGCUUCCCCGGGGUCUGCUGGAGAUCCGAGAACUGCCCGCGGAGCUUCAUCCCGGGCUGCCUCAGGCCUUGGCAUCCGCCCAGGGCAGCGGUCGCCCCACGGUGCAGCGAGCGGAGGAUGCUCAGGCUGGUGCCGAGUACAAAACCGGGGCAAACAACUGAAGAUGUCAUCCUGUUUGGCUCAGGAGGUUCACCUUGCUAGAAGACAUGAGGAGAUACUGUCUCAGAGAUCAGAGCUGCUACAGCAGAUGGAGACUUAUCUAAGAGACAAAAAGACUAAAAAGACAUGGCAAACUCAAGCAGCUGAUGCAGCUCGUAAAAGGAAUGCAGCACUUUUAAAUGAUAUAGAAGCAGCAGAAAAAAGGCUGCAAGAAGGAAUGUAUUUACUUCCACAUCCCGAUACUGUUAAGUUAGAAACUCUCUAUUUGGCAUCAAUAAAAGAAUCUCUUCCCAAGUGGGAAGACUUUCUUUUAGGAAGAGCAGAAGUUCCUAUUGGCUUUAAGGAAACGAAAGCUACAAAGCAGAGCAUAAACUACCCUGAAGAAGAUUCACAAAAAUAAACAUUUUAGUUUCAUUUUGUUUUGUAAUUUAUCACUUAAGCAGAGAUCAUCCAGGUCGGGGAACAGAAUAUCACACCAUUAAACUGAAAUGUACAUAAUUUAAAUGAAAAUGAAUUAUAUAGGACAAUUUCAUUCUAUUGUUGCGUUGCAUACAAUUCCUUAUUUUCAUUCGGUACUACAGAAGCAAUCCUCAAAUGAGUUUUUAGGAUCAAGAAUGAAAAACAUUGAUGUAUAGAUUUCCAGCAAGGCAAUUGGGUUUUCAGUGUGAGAAGAGUUUUAUGUUAUUUUUAAUCCUCUGCUUCUACAUAUAAGUGGGAUAAGUAAAGACAGAUUCUUGCAUUAUCUUUCUUCACUUCAGUCAUCUGUGCUGCAUGCCUGCUCGUGGAUGAGAGAGAAAGGAAGAAUUUACUGUUAGCAGAAAAGGCAGACUGUGCAUCAGAGUAGCCUUGGUUUAGCACCAGGAAUCUGUGCAAGAACCUUCACAAGAGCUGUUGUAGAAGGAACAAACUUGAAUUUCUGCAUCUUGUUUUCUCUGAUUUUUUUUUUUUUUUUGUCAUUGCCACUUUCAUCACUGGUACACCUCACUCCAGGCAGCUUUUCUCAACUUCCUUCUGCCUACAUUGUAUUUCUUGUCUAAGGGUGGGCAAACAAAUCUCUGGGGCUUUUUGCUACUUCUAGGCUGCUCUUAAUGCUAUUUUCUUUCUGCUGAUACAAUCUACAAGUGAGAACUUUUUCUGAGGCAUGAAAAGUUUGAAAGAAGCAAACUGAAAGGUAACUGGCAGUGGCUGUCCAAGAACAAAGCAUAUACAGAAGUUGAGGAUAUAUUUUCAUUUUCAGCCAUUGAACAGCUUCCCAGCUUCCUCCUACAGGUGCAGUUUUAAUUGUACUGAGCUAACUAGGUAUGAAAAAUUCACUGGUACAAAACUUCUGAAAGUGUUGCUUCAGUGGAAGAUCCUGCCUGGUGUGUGACAUAGCCUGCAGAAAAUGAAUCUUUCCUAAGCCUAGAAAAUAUUCAUUUAUUUUAUUGUUAAGAACCUGGACUUGAGUCAAUAUACUUUUAAAAUUUAAUUUCCUGCAACAACACCAUUCCACCCCCAACCUGGAAGUAGCAGAGGAAAAAAAGUACCUUUGCCAGUGUCUGAGGAUAUGAAAAUGUAAUGGUUGCAAAUAUUGCUAGGCUACUAGUUACCGAGGCAAUGCAUCUUCAUACUACCUAGAGAGAGACCUCACUAUUAAAAAAAACAUAUCCCUGUGCAGCAAAAAGAAUCACUGGCACAAUAAAAUCAAAACUUUAGGUGCAAUAUAAUAUUGCUGUAUAUUUUCCACAGGAAUACUAAGAGUUCAUUUUAAACUUUUUCUAUUGAAGUGUCCAUUAAACUGAUAACUUUUUACAGAAACUGCCAUCUUAGAAUUAUCCUGUUGAGUGGGUGUUGGUGUUUGUAACAAUAACGUUGUUUUCAUAAUAUGUGAUGGCAGAUUAGCACGCUUCUCUGCAGUGUUGUUAACAGUUGUAAUUAAGGAAUAAACAGUAAAGGGUGUCAGUCCGAUGACAAUUUCAUCUAUAGUGUCACAAUACAAAAUGUCACAAAAUAUUAGAACUGUUAUAUAACUACAAAAAUAUCAAAUUAGGCUUUCAUCUUACAAGCUGAGAGCUUAAAAAAAACUUGGCAUAGAGACCAUUGCAAUUUUAUACCUACUCAGUGUUCUGUCACAAAGACAACUUGGUAAUAUUUUCUUCUGAAAAAUCACAAUGUGAUUCUCAAUCUGAUUUAGUGGGAAUGUGUAUGGAUCUUACAGUUGUAGACCUCCCAUUUAAAAAGCAAAUAAUUGGAGCCAGUUGAACACACAAGAAGGGAAAACCUAUUAUACAUGAUGCUCAGAAUGAAGGAAUGGAUGAGCAGUUAGUUACUGACAAAGAAUGGGAUUCAUCCUCUUCUUUGCAUCCAAAGGGAAAUCACUUCAAAAAUCUGGGCCUCUAAGUACUUUAUACAUGCAAAUAAUCUGGGUCUUUAUCUCCUCCGACUCCGCCUAACCACUGGGACACAAUGCAGAUGCUCACUAUCUCCUUGCCCUUGUGAUUUCCCCUGGAAGGAGAUGUAGGUGUGUGGACACUGAGUGCAUGACAGCUCCAGGGGUGAGAAUUUGGCAUGAAAGGCACCUGCAAGCAGGGUUAGAGUAGUUACCUACUGUGCUGCAGUUUGGUGCUCACAUAGUGUGCCUGAGAGUAAAACAAAAUUAUCUUCAAAGAAGGAAUUUAAAUUUAUUUCUUGGAGCAUAACUUUAGAAGCAAUAGGACAACUAGCUCAAGGAAAACUGUAGGAACAUGUCCAGAAAAGGAAAAAUUGAAUGAAGAGAAACAUUUAAAUCAGGAAUGUGUGUAGGUGACUGUUCUCAGAGACAAGGACCUUCGUGUUGUUCUGUGGUUGGAACAAAUAAGAGCAGUUGUCAAUGACUGUGAAAUAGCACAGGUACAGGAGCAAGUGACUGCUGAGCUGGGGCAGGCAGUGGCAGGGACCAGAAUUAUAUGGUCUUUCCUGUUCUACUUAGAUUUGUUGAGUUUAAUGUACCGUGGCUGGGCUAGCUUGAUACUUGCCUUUUUAGAGAUACAGAUUUGAGAAAGCAAAUGUUAAAUUUUAGUGUGCUUUAAAAAAAUUUAGGAAUCCCCCAAGGUGAUUUAUAUUGAUGUGAUCUAAUAUUAGUCUCCUAUGUGAUCUUGAAUGGAUAUUCUUCACCAAGUCAGGGUUGUCACCUCAAACAUAUUGAUUCUAUGUAGUUAUACCCCAUCUUAUCCCAAGCUUUUAUAUAUAUACAUAUAUCAAAAAAUAUAAAAUAUAGAAAUUACAUCAUAUAUAUCUUCUGUAAUUUCCUACUCAUUAUGAGCAAAUUUUUUUCUACAAAAAAACCUCACCAGCCCCCCCCCCAAAAAAAACAAUAAAAAACACAACAAACAAAACGACAACAAAACAAAAUCCCAAACUUGCUGCUUGCCCUCUUGUAUUACAAUAUAUGUAUACAUAAGGUGCAGCAGUCCUGAAAACCUGUUGCUUCUUGUGUUUUUCUGAUAGGUGAGGGCCAGCAAUUGAAUAAAGAGUAGUGAGAAAACCCAAAAGUUUUACCUGUUUGUAAGUUAACCUUGGAGUAUCUUGCAAGAAGAAAUAAUUAAUCAUACUUUUCUAGGUUAAUGCACAGAUGAGUAACCCCAGUACUAACCCAGGAGCACAGCCUGUUCACCCAUCUUGUCACCUCUACCAUCACAUUCCCAAGCUUUUUACUUUCUCAGUUAUUCUGGCUGUGGGGGCAGGAGCAGAAGGCAAGGCAUGUUACUUUUCCCUAGCAUAAGAAAUUUCUUACUCUGCAGAAUCUUUCACAAGCCUAUUAAUUUAAUUUGUGAGUAUAUUUGAAAUAGUAAGUUGGUUUAGGUGCAUAUCUGACACUAUGGUAUCCUCUUGUUUGUAUUUAUUCAGGGUCAUGUUUUCAUAGAAGUUGGGAAGUAAUUUUUAGGCUGAGGUUAUUGUACUUAAUUUCUGUAUUUUUCAUUCACAUAGAGCAGGUUGGGGAUGUAGAUGCUCAGUUUGAGCUUGUUGGUACUGAAAAAAUAAGAAAACCAAAUUUAAAAUUGAAUGUACUUUUAGAGGUUAUAUCUGAAAGAAAACAUUAUUUACUCCAUAAUGGUAAUUUUCAUAAUAUUUUAAUAGUUGUGUUCAGAUACAACUUGACCUUAAAUAUCACCCCAAAUGCAAGCUGUUUUAACAUAUUUGUAAUGCUAAGGUCUUCAUUACUGUGAUAUUCUGUUUGCUCAAGGAUUAUAAUCCAUGGAUAUACUGUGUUAUAGUUGAAAUAAAGCUUUGAUCCUGUA